GAUAAAUACGAUUAAAAUACAAUGAUUAAAUUCCUACGAAUAUAUUACAUAUACCACACAAAAUCGCGAUGAAAAGGAAACAAUUGUUUAACAAUGUUCUAAAAACAAUAGACUGAUCCCGGGUAGAAUCCGAUGUUUGUGGCUCAGGUAAGAUCUUCCGCUAAUCUAUACUCUGUCAGCCAAAAAUUACACCAUGCAAGCCAUCUAUGCUUCAGCAUAAGCAUCUGACACAAUGUUCACCUGGCGCCUUUUUUAUCAAGUUUGCGUAGUUUACUUUCCUAGUGACGAAAGGGUGGUUAUCGGACCAAGCACUUAUACCGGAGCAGCACAAACCGAGCACAACAAUACCCCGUUACCGAGUAUGAACGCUUAUUCACCAACUGAUAUUCCACAGAAAAUGGAUCAAUAAUCUAACCCAUACCCCAACAUAACUGUGCCGAAUACGUACACUUGGUCCGUCCUGCAAAACCGAGAAACCCGAGACGCGGCAUUGUAUCCUAUUUGGGCCCUAAAUAACGGCUCCUACGGCACGACCAACGCACCAUGUAGACAAGUCCCAGCCACCGUAAUGCCCUAGGCGGCUUGAACGCCCUACAUGGUGUUCGACUCGGGAGGGAUACUCAUCUCGUUGCGCGUGCAUCGCGACCCAGGCUCCACCGAAUCUGCGGCCGAAACGAAUGCUCUCUGCUCACCGAAAAGCUUAGUAUGACAGCCCGCUUUCUACACGUGGGUUCCGUCUUUCAUGCAGCCAGCACCAGCACACCAAGCAUCCAUAGGACCGUUGGUUGUAGGUCAGCUCUGCGUGUGUGCCUGGGGUACGCUCACCCCGCCCCAAUAGCACAUCCAUCGCUGCCGGUUAUCCGUCCCCUGGGCAAGCUGCUGGUAAGGGUAAUGCAGAGAGGGUGUGCGGGCCCGGGUUGACCACGUCGGUGAAGCACCAUUACCUCAUUCCGUUCAGACUAUUGCUUUUCGAGAAUGUGGCAAGCAUGCAGCGGGCCGAUGGGCAGGGCCUGACAAUGCGGCAAGCGUACACACCCCAGAGAGUGCCGUUUUGCCGAAAGGUUCACGAAUAUGCUUAUCCCGGGUACGCAAUGGUAAUCCCGAACAGAUAUAUUACAGCGGUAAUGCCAGUGUUGCCAAUCGCCACACACAGAUGCCCCUGAACUGUAACUGCCUCAAUGGACACAAAGGUGCCUUCUCAUUGUGUACGGCUUAAGGAAUCGGCAUAACUCUUAAACAUAACCGUUUUCCCGCGCAUAGAGCAGCUAAAUUGACAAAAAGGACCUAGCCAUGCAUCUUAGCAUGCUGUCAAAUGCAAAAGAACGACUCAAUGCAACGCUUACAGUAGAGGGAUUACUGUCUGCAUCGGCUUGUCUUGCCGUGACUUGCUCUCCACUAUCGUGGCCGAAGUUCCGACCGCUGUCACAGACUGGAAUAGGCAAUUGCUUUCGAAUAGCUUGUUUGAGGAAGGGGCGUGGAACCCUGUGUAAAACUCAGCAUAUGCAUGUUUGGGCCGGUGAGCCGAACUGUCAGGGUUACAUCCAUCUUCGAUGGUGCAUGAAAAAGAGGAUCCCAUUGAGGCUGUGCAACAGCUUUCUCGAGAAGGUAGGGUCUUUUGGUAAUGACAUGGACAAAGAUGGGCCAAUCAGAUACACCUGUGCUUAUACUUGUUCAUGUGUUGUGAGAAUGGAUUGGGGGUAUUAGUCUAUAUACAGGUGUUAUACAUGGGUCACGGCGAUCAUGAUGCCGUGUGAGGUGUGCAUCGAAACUCUGUGCCUUCCAAAUGCGCCGGUUCCCGCUCAGUACCGGUUGCCACGCGAGUCGAGUCUUACGCCCGUCGUAUUCGAUAGCCGAAUCCCGGGUGCAACGAGUACGUUUGCAGAGACUGGCGGUUUACCAAUGCGUGAGGAGAAUAGCUCGAAUGUGGCCUCUCUGUGUCUAGCUUGCUGCUGUUGUACAGAUACAGCCGUUGGCACACAGCUAGCCAACGGUAUGUCUCCUGGGAGCUGCUGAGGCUCCAUUAACAAUCACAUCGCUCAAAGUGGCGAGGAAACGGCACCACGUCUCGGACAUUCUGUACGCCAGUCAUGUAACUGAGCAGCCGAUCGAAGCCGAGUCCAAAGCCUCCGUGGGGAGGACAUCCCCAGCGUCGGAGGUCUAGGUACCAGCUAAGGGAAUUGUCGCCGCUGGCUUUGCGCUUCUUUGGUACCUCUAAUCCAUGAAGGCGUAAGUUGUCUUCCAGUUCUGCUAGACGAUGUUCACGCAUAGAACCACCAGCUAGCUCACCUAAACUGGGAACUAAGAGGUCGAAGCAGUCCACCGUCUCGCCUUGAGGCGACGGUGUUGCAGAUUGCCGCAUGUAGAAGGCUUUAAUUUCACGGGGGUACUGCGUGAUAAAGAUGGGCAUGUAGGCAUUGUUCGCCUCGUCAAAUCCAACCUUCUCAGCAAGAUACUUCUCAUGUUCAGACUGUAGACCGGCUCCCCAGACAGGUUUAUGUUCAAAUUGAUCAGCAACAGGCUGGAGCAUCUCGAUUGCUUCCGUGUAAGUCAAUCGCGGCCAUACUUUGUCUGUCAUUAAACCACUCCAUCGCCGUUGGAGCUCAGACGAUUCCGUCAGGUCUGCAAAGGCUAGCUUUUCGGCUGGAUCCCGAGAGUCCAGUCUGUUCCAAUGCAGUUCAUUGGCGGCGCGGAGACCACAAAGUCCCCGCGUAACUGAUCGGAGCAUAUCUUGCACUAAGUGCAUGACAUCUUCCAUAUCGUCAACGAAACUCACUUCUGCCUCCAGCAUUUGGAAUUCGCUUAAAUGGCGAGACGUAUCUGACUUUUCAGCUCGAAAUGUAGGCGAUAGAGUCCAUACGUUUCCUAAUGCUUGUGCCAACGAUUCUAAGUGCAGCUGAGUAGAUACAGUCAAAUACUUGGUGUCACGGAAGAACUCUUCCUUUCCUGAGGCCUUUACCAUGAAAGCCUCACCAGCACCUUCACAGUCCGAUGAAGUGAUAAUUGGUGGAUUGGUUUGCUGAAACUGUUGGGUGAAGAAGAAUUGCGUCAACAUCGCAAUUGUGUCAGAUCGCAGCCGCAAUAAAGUAGAGUUUAGUGGUGUGCGAGACCGUAGGUGUGUAAUGGUCCGCAAGCUUUCCGGCGUUUGAUACUUGUUUUGUAUCGGAUACGUCUGUUUUUCAUUAGAUGGGAUGGUAUACAAGGAGGACAGAGGGCGCUAGUACAUACAGCAGGGUCAGAACUUCCUAGGAUUUCGACUGAGCUGACCUGGAGCUCUGACAUGGUGGUUGGUUGGCCAUCCUCCGACUGGGUUGGCUGUGCAGGUUGUGACUCGUCAACAAUGUCAGAGGUUGCUGAAACAUGUGCGUCUGAUGUAUCAUUCCCAGGUUUCCAAGUUCCUUUGAAGCGCACAGCUGUGCCAGGGCGGAUGCUAAAAUCCCAGUCAGUGCUGAAUUGAGAACGAGAAAAGAGCCAACAAGGAUGCUAUGCUAGAUCAGGGAAUGGUGGAAAGGACGUACUCAGCUGAUAGAUUCUUGUCCACGACGGCUUGAACGGGGCGCAUGGAGGAGCCAUCGGUCAAGUCGACAAAGCGAACACCUGAGCUCUUGCGGACGGAUCGAACCCAGCCACACACCUCGAUAUCCGAGACAUGCUGGGCAGGGCGGAAUUCCUUGAUAUCGGCCAGUGUUCUGAUGGCGCGCUUGUCAUCGCCAGGGACUUUGGCUGAAUAGCAUCGGGGCUUGGGGGAGCGAAGGUGGAUGCGUAGGGCGCUCGAAUUCAGUCUGUGGAAGGCAGCUCGACGCAUCGUGAACAGCCGCAGGGGUAAUUGGUUGCGUGUGAGUGAGGUUUGUGGUGUUUGAUGGUGGCGAAACGCGUCUUAGGGGGCUAUCAUGACUGGAUAGCUAAUUGUUUGGUCAGGAGGGCAAAGGAAGGCAAUGUGAAGGGCCAAUGGCAGGAAAGGACGCCCCCAAAUUUUGAUCUCGUCUCCAAGAUUUCCUUUUUGCACCAGCCAGGGCGGCAACGACGACUGAGGAGGCAGAAAUGAGCAGCUGAAAGGCAGUGACGAGAGAAGAAGAGGAGAGAAGAGUUUUACUGGGGCUGAAUGUCUUGCCGCCAGCGAUCGCGGGGCGUUAGUGCAGGCGGGACGCGCGCUGGGAGAGCUGAGAAAAGGGCGCUAAAGGCGGGAGUGUGGCCGCUAAAGGCGCCUGUAAAUUCCAGGGCAUCCGCAUCCCAGGGCUCUGGCAUCUGGUUCAGCGCAGCAAGGGCGGUUCUCGGUCUUAAAAGGUGUUGAGGCCAGGUGGCUAUGGUUAGUGAGGAAGGAAAAUACAGUACAGUAUCAUAGACAACCAGGGCCACCUAUGCUAAGCAACCAUGCACCUGGCACCUGGCACCGGGACUGUCUGCAGUGCGCAGCAAAGGAACAAGAGACACCAACUACAACUACACCAGUCCUGUGGUCCAUCUAGUUUUAAACAAAACAUCACCAUCGCACCGUGAGCUUGCACCAGCUGGUACAUCUCAACUAACAUUGUGCAUAAUUACUUUAUUGUACUUGGCACCGCAAUUCUUCGGAAACCCAUAAUCCGAGUUGUGCGAGCAACACCCCGCGGGCGAAAGGUACUUUUCUCGUCACAUGAAAGAAACCUAACCAAAGUGCCUUUUUCACCUGUUCCUCUGCAUUAAUCUGGUGGCACUGUGAUUGAAAGGAGGCUGUCUCACUUUCUGCCCAAGAAGUCCCAUUCUGCAAGCCAACCUCCUUGCUGCCUCAAGCCAUAGGCCGCCACCUGACGCCCCCAUAGCUCCAGCUACUCGGUCUACCUUUUGCAUGAUCAACGCGGAACAAGGGCGGCACAGGCCAACACGAUCGCGCUGUCUUUCGAUUGCCAUUAGCCUGAAUGAGAGCACCCGCUUGUUUCUGACGUGGGCCAGCGUAAAGAACGACCGUCUUGUUGAGAAUGACUGGGUGCCAGUAUGCUUGCUUGAGCUUAUCUGACACGGUACUGCAACAACGCCAUUUAACAAACCCGUCUCUUCAAGCACAGCUUUCAUCUCCGUUGGACUUUUUGCAAUCGCCCCCUCGUUUCACAGCCUGCAGCACGUCAACGAUGGAUAGGUAGAAGAAACAAAAAAAGUAAAAAAAAGAACGGCCAAUUAAGCCGGCCCAAAGCCAGCAACCACUGCGUCUUGCAUACCCCAACUAGCUUAAACCCACCCUGGAAAAGCUGGAAUAACUGGAUGCCACAGGCAAAUGGAUAAGUUUAAAGAGAAAACCCAAGAAAAGCGAGCCCUUGUUCUCUCAAUGUCCGCCACGAUUUGAUUGAGGGCGAUGGCCGCCUAAUAAUCUCGGCAAGGUGUCUCAUGCCUUGUCGUCUCAGAUCAUUGCUUGAAUUGGCCAGAGGCCCAUACAACAUCGCCAGCCUGAGUGCCUCUUCCAAAUAACUCACCGAAGCGGCUUGCAGUGGCCUACACACCAUGGGCUACGACUUAGGGCUGCACACUGGUUAGAGAGGCGUGGCGAGAUGCGACAUUGGUGGCAGCAUGCCUGGUAUGAUACAGGAAGCAUGACCUGCAUUGGCCAAGGCCAGAUGAUGUACCACACAGAUCUUGACCAGGUGCUGGGCCCCUGUCACGGCAAAUUCGUUUGCCAUUGCCGAUGUCGACGCCAUGUAUAAUGCAGCUAUGCCUUGUUGUCUCUAAGGGAAGCCGAGGCCUUGAAACGCAGCCUCCCAAGCUAGCAUCGGGUAGGUUAUUUCGCUAGCUUGCCCUCGUCGCAUCGCAAGCCCCCCCCCAGACCAGCCUGCAUCUUUGUAGUCACCUUGUUGGCGACACGUCCGCUAAUGCCAUCGGCGAAGAAAAGCAAACGCACUGAGACCAGGUCCACCCUUUAAGCGGUUCCCGUCUCCUUGGGUGCCGACGAGCUUCGCUCCCCUGUGGGUUUGUCUUGCCGCCUAAAAAAAACGAAAGCUGGAACGUCAAGGGUUGUUGGUGUGCGUAGGAGAGACAGAUUGCUCGUCCGACGUUAAAUUACUUUUGCGAUCCCUCGGUUCCUUCAUAUCUCGCCUUUCUGCCGCUCGCUUGCCCUUUUCAACACAAUCUGUGCCAAACAUGUAGUUCGCGUCCCGGUAACUUAUACGUCACACAAAGCGUGGAAGCCACUCGAUAACCUCGCUUCGAUCUACCUAAGACCUUUAAGCCCUACAUGAAAAGACGCGAAUCUGUGUUUUCCUUGACUUGAAUAUUUCUACCAAAUUUCUUCCACUCGGAGCAGACGGACUGCCCACGCAGAAUUCGCACAUAUAUAAGUUGAAAACGGUCGCCUGCUUUACAGCCAACUAUUUGCGAAGCCUCUCACAUUUACUUCUGUAUAACAUCACCGCAAUCCAUCCACCGAGAACAUACCUUUAGCGAUUCUUCAUUUUCUUCAACAAGGUGGUCACCUCUCUACAUUCAUCAUGCCUCCCAGUCAAAAGAGCAGCAAACCUCGGCCAUCCGAAAUAGCGGCGGAUACUAAACGCAACUUCAUCCCACUAAUAAAUACCCAAUAUGCCGACACCUUUCCUCCAUACUCAACUUUAUAUUCCCAGCCCGUCCUCGAACUCUCCAUCAAGCGUUAUUCCACCAGCACACAACCUCCAAUAUUUGUAGUGGAAGCCGGCGACCCGGCUAUGAAGGCAAUCGAAUACAGCCAUCGUGAUACUGAAGAUAGCCUCAGCGCUGGCGGCGCACGGAUCCGCGUUCCUCUGAUUUGCACUGCAAACGAAAGACGCCCUGGCGGCGAUUGGGAGACUGGAUCCCACACAUAUGAGGAGAGGUUAUGCCGGCGGAGCAAUUUAGCUGCUACUCUUAACACCCCCUGGCCAACGAGACGCGCGGAAUCCAAUUACCCGAUCCCGUCAACAGGCGGUAUUCUAUCCGAUGCCGUCGUUUUAUGCCGUGCAGCCGAUGAGCAUUACCAGAAACUCGAACAAUGGUACGACCUUCCAGUUAUCUCCGUCCCACCUACGCGGUGGCCGAAGCUAAAGGACAAUGGCCUGAAGUACUCGUUUGCCGAGGAGCGCGAUCUUAUCCGUGACAAGAUGCGCGGGGCUCUUCGCAUAUGUCUACAUAAUGGAUAUCACUCCGUUGUUAUUGGCGACUUUGGUCUCGGAAAUGCCUAUCGCAAUCCCCCGACCGAGCUUGCGGAAAUGUGGCGAGAGAUAUUCCUGUUUGAUCCCGAUCUGCGCGGUCAGUUUCGCUACGUUGCGUUUGUAUUUGAAGAUGUUACGCAAAGUACAAGUCAGCUCAUCAUGGAAGAGACGCUCAAGAAGGAGAAGAAGAAUAGCAAGGCGCUGGGAAAGCCGGCACCGCCCGUUCUCAAGCUAUUAGAGCAACGGCAUGCUCCAGAUAUGGCGAUCUUUGCGCACACUUUCCAUGCUGGCGAGAUUCAAAGGAUCCUCCGCCAACCAGAUCCUAGAUACAACCUACACAUGAUUACUUGCUAGAAAUAGGUCAAAACGCGCAAGAGCUCUCACGGGCGGUGGCUCGACCAGGAAACGGGGCCUGCAUGCUAUAUACACCUUGUAUUAAAUAGGACAAGAUUAUUAAUUAGCUAGAGAUGGUACUGAAGGCGCCAAUAUACACUGUUGGUGAUGGACUCAUAGGGGUACGAAACGGAAAAAAAAUAUUGUGUAUUAUCAUCAUAGAAAAACUCAUUCGACUGCUUUUGUUCUAGCGCUACUCCUCAUCACACCUGUCGUCACUUUACAUGGUCCAGUAGGCAGGGCGAAGGCCCUGCAACGACGUCGUACCAGCAUCAAUCUCGCGUUUACGCUGACCGCUUAGCUAUAGCUAAAUGUUAGUAAUCUGUGUAUAUGAUUGUCAGCGGAACUUAUGCUUACCUCAAGCUGAACGGCCUUGUGGACGUGAACCAGCCAGUCAACGUACGACUGUGCCUCGUUGUUGCGAUCCUCAAUGAGCAUUCUGGCAAAGUCGAACUCGGCUCCAUCAAUACCUUGACGAGCGAGCUGGAUGGUAAGUCCCUUGGAGCCUCGAAGAGCGCGGAGGAACUCGAUGAUGUUGCGGACCUGGGCGUUAAGAUGCGUAUCAAGAACGGGGAGUGUGGAGGUGUACGCAUCAAGGCCCUUGAGAUUAUCGUGAUCCUUGCCAAACAGAUCAGUAAUCAGGUUUGGUGAGGUCUGUGCAUGGAACCAAAGAAGGAACUGCUGGCCAUUGUCAACAAUAUAGACACCACCAGGCUCAACCAUGCUGAAUGAGGUACGGAUGCAAGGGGGCAUCUUGAGAUGUCCCGUCUCAGGAUCCGCGAAACCAUCCUCGGCAGCCAGGUUGUGAACUGGGAUCAUUCGAGGGUACAGGUACAGACUGAGCUCCAGAGCGCCCAUAGACCUCAGCAUGCGCAUCUCGUAGACUCGUCUAUCUGUGUUUUCGAUGCCACCCUUGAAAGCACGGCACUUGAGAAGGCCGAGAGAGUACAGGCAGAAUUCCUUGAGUCUCUCGGGCAUAACAAGUUCGGCUGGCGGGUGCUGGUUGCCCGAAUGCUUGCGGUGGCUGGCAAGGAUAUCAAUGGUUCGCUCAGUGAGCCAAUUGCGGACAUCCUUGAGGUUAGACGACGUUGUGGCCAGCUUUGUGCUGGCUUCUUUGGCGAGCAGCGCAACGACGGCAUCUUGGUCAACGUACUUCAUGCAUGAUCGAAUGGCUUGCUCACGCGAUCCAGCUUCCUUAGCAGUCUCACUAACACUAGCGAUGAUGUUGGAGCAACGGACGCGGCGUUCGCCAGAAGCAGUUGUAUAGAGGAGAGCACUCUGGAAGUGGGCAUCAAGCUUAGAAUCAAGUCUGCCAUCGUGCGAAAAGCUGACUGCGAUGGCCUUGUCGGAAUCAAUGACACCAAUCUCCAAAUCAGCACCAAAAGUGUGCUGAACAAAGUUGCCGUGAUAGCCAUUGACUUGCAAUCCAUUCGAGCAGCGGACUUUCAUUAAUGCUUGGAAGCCAGUCUCACGAGUAACAGCAUGGGUGAUCUCGAGCGACAUCUUGCUGCUAUCUCGUGGGGCGAUAAAGUUGGGAUAGUAGAAGGUCUCGCCGCCAGUGGUAGCCGCAACAUGGCCUGCCACAUUGUUAGCUCUGCAUCAAACUAUUCAGCAUAAAAUAUACGUACCAAUAGUGCCAAUGUCAAGGUAUCCGCCAGAGGGUGCAGCAAGGAAGAAGUCGACACCAACACCUGUGGCUGUCAUCUUCUCAGCAGUCUUCUUCCAUGCCGGGUGUUCAGUGGUGUAUAGCUUCUUGUCCGACUCUCCACCCACAUGGUUCCCAUCAUCGCGCAAAAAUAGACGCCCAGGACCCCAAGUAGGAAGAGCCGAGCAGGAGCAUACAACCUUUCCGCCAGAGCCUUCGAGCGCAGCCAGAGCGGAGUUCAAUGCUGCCAAUAGCGCUGGUUCUGGGUUGCGUACUUCGGAGAACAUUUCUGGCAGGCGUGUAAGCAGCGAUGUAAUAACAGUCUUCGAUUCGUAGGGAUCGACAAAUAGUCCGCCGCCAAGAGGCAAGAAUGGGUCCUCCAGAUCAGGCAUGAUCAUCAUAUGCGGCUGAUCCAGCGAUGGCU